AUGGAGAACAUGCUUCAGCAAGAGGCCACCAACCAGAAGUUUGCUCCUUAUGUCGCAGAUGCAUUGGAAUGUGUAAAAUUAAGGUUUGGUAAGUAAGCUCAUCUUUUAAAAUGGAGUUUUUAGUCGGAAAAGAUUGCAAUAUCGACGAUGCCAAGGAAUACGACGUUGAAUUUGCUCACCAGCACUUUGAAUCGUAAGUUAUCCAUGACAUUAUCAAUAACUUUUGUAGAGAGAAGAUUGUAGGAUACAAAGACUUGAAGGUGGAUGUGGUGUACUCUAACUUAACCAUGUAUUCAUAUGUAAAUAUUGAACACAGUGGGGACAUAACAGAGGUGGAUAAGACUAUUGAACCAGAUGAUAUUGUCUCUCUCAUCAGAAAUCAAUACCCAACUGGUCAUUCUGCAGCUUUGAUGGCCAAACGUGAGGCUUUUAAAGUAGUUUGCGACAGACAGAAGGAGUUCCAACCGUAUGGAAAGAAAGUUUCCGACUUAGAGUGGAACAACAAGAAGUACGAGCUCUAUAGUGUUGAAUUUGGAGACCGGAAACAAGGCUUUGAUGAGUACCUCGGCCGUGUUCAGACAUUGUCAUUGUAUUUUAUCGAAGCCGCAUGGUACACAGACCCGACAGACGAAAGAUUCAUGUAUUACUUCAUCUAUGAGAAGGAACCUACCUUUGCGUUAGCUGGAUACGUUUGUCUGUACCGGUUUUACCAUCAUCCUGAUCUAGUGAGGCCAAGGUUUGCUCAAAUCAUGGUGUUGCCACCGUGCAGACGAUGCGGAUUUGGUAACAAAUUCUUGGAGAUGGUUUACACUCAAUUGAGGAGUAUUCCUGAUGUCUUUGACAUUACAGGUAAUGCAAUUUUAAGUUUUACUUUAUCUGAAUCUUUCUUUUUGGAAAACUGUUUAAAUUUUUAGUUUAUUUAAUAUUUUUACGAUGUUGUUUUAGCUGAAGAUCCGGCUGACACUUUCUUGUACAGUCGAGACUUCCUUGAUUGCAAAUUGUUGAAGAAUAUGAAAGAGUUUGGCUUCGAGACGUUACGAAAGGGAUACACAAAGGAAUUACAAGAUAAGAUCCGUGAAAAAGCAAAGAUUGGAAAGGUAAAAUAAUAACUUCAUCUUAAAGUGACAGAAUCUUUUGUAUUAUUUAUGCAAGUACUAAUGUGUACCGUUUUAGGUUCAAGCACGUCGCGUGUACGAGGUCCUGAGGUAUUACUAUGUCCAGACACAGUUCCCUGAAGACGAAGAAGCCUUCGAAGCAGAUGUCAAGAAGAGAAUCGAGAUUCCAUUCAAGAAGUCGAGCAGAGAUUCCUCCAAACUCAGAAGUGCAUUAUCAGAUCAGGAACUGUCCGUUGUUAACGCCAACGACAACCCAGAAGACAUUCAGAAGAGCGUGGACGCCAUCUACGACUCCACGCUACAGGAAUACGACGUCGCGUUGGAUCGUUUGACAAGGUUCGAACCCGAAUUGUUUCCCAAAUGUUAA